CGCGGGCUCCGCAGGGCGCAGGCGGGCGGCCGGGGCGCCUGAAGGUUACCAAGUGCAUGAGUGCCUAGCGCCUUCCGCGCUGCCCUGCCCGCCGGCCCGCCGGCCCGCCCGCCGGCUCGGCCGCCAGCCCCUCGGCGCCCGGCGGCGGCGGCGGCGGCGGCGACGACGGCCGCAGGAGGCGCCCUCUCCCUCCCAGGUGCGCGCUUCGUUCCCUCAGCCGCAGAACUCGGCGGCCGCCAUGGCGUCCAACAUGGACCGGGAGAUGAUCCUGGCGGAUUUUCAGGCAUGCACUGGCAUUGAAAACAUUGAUGAAGCUAUUACAUUGCUUGAACAAAACAACUGGGACUUAGUGGCAGCUAUCAAUGGUGUAAUACCCCAAGAAAAUGGCAUUCUACAAAGUGAAUAUGGAGGAGAGACCAUAACAGGACCUGCAUUUAAUCCAGCAAAUCAUCCAGCUCCAGCUCCUACUCCCUCUUCUUCGGCGUUUCGACCUGUAAUGCCAUCUAGGCAGAUUGUAGAAAGGCAACCUCGGAUGCUGGACUUCAGGGUUGAGUACAGAGACAGAAAUGUUGAUGUGGUACUUGAAGACAGCUGUACUGUUGGAGAGAUUAAGCAGAUUCUAGAAAAUGAGCUUCAGAUACCUAUGUCUAAAAUGCUGUUAAAAGGCUGGAAGACCGGGGAUGUAGAAGACAGUACGAUCCUAAAAUCGCUUCACUUGCCAAAAAACAACAGUCUUUAUGUUCUUACACCAGACUUGCCACCACCUUCAUCAUCUGGUCACGCUGGUGCCCUGCAGGAGUCAUUAAAUCAAAACUUCAUGCUGAUCAUCACCCACCGAGAAGUCCAGCGGGAGUACAACCUGAACUUCUCAGGAAGCAGUACUAUUCAAGAGGUAAAGAGAAAUGUGUAUGACCUUACGAGUAUCCCUGUUCGCCAUCAAUUAUGGGAAGGCUGGCCAACUUCUGCCACAGAUGACUCAAUGUGUCUUGCUGAAUCAGGGCUCUCUUAUCCUUGCCAUCGACUUACAGUGGGAAGAAGAUCUUCACCUGCACAGACUCAGGAGCAUUCAGAAGAACAAAGCACCGAUGUUCAUAUGGUUAGUGAUAGUGAUGGAGAUGACUUUGAAGAUGCUACAGAAUUUGGAGUGGAUGAUGGAGAAGUAUUCGGCAUGGCAUCAUCUGCCCUGAGAAAAUCUUCAAUGAUGCCAGAAAACGCAGAAAAUGAAGGAGAUGCCUUAUUACAAUUUACAGCAGAGUUUUCUUCAAGAUAUGGUGACUGCCAUCCUGUAUUUUUUAUUGGCUCAUUAGAAGCUGCUUUUCAAGAGGCCUUCUAUGUGAAAGCCCGAGAUAGAAAGCUUCUUGCUAUCUACCUCCACCAUGAUGAAAGUGUGUUAACCAACGUGUUCUGUUCACAAAUGCUUUGUGCUGAAUCCAUUGUUUCUUAUCUGAGUCAAAAUUUUAUAACCUGGGCGUGGGAUCUGACAAAGGAUGCCAACAGAGCAAGAUUUCUGACGAUGUGCAAUAGACAUUUUGGCAGCGUUGUUGCACAAACCAUUCGGACUCAAAAAACAGAUCAAUUUCCACUUUUCCUGAUUAUUAUGGGAAAGCGAUCAUCUAAUGAAGUGUUAAAUGUGAUACAAGGUAACACAACAGUGGAUGAGUUAAUGAUGAGACUCAUGGCUGCAAUGGAGAUCUUCACAGCCCAACAACAGGAAGAUAUAAAGGAUGAGGAUGAACGUGAAGCCAGAGAAAAUGUGAAAAGAGAGCAAGAUGAGGCCUAUCGCCUUUCACUUGAGGCUGACAGGGCAAAGAGGGAAGCUCAUGAGAGAGAGAUGGCAGAACAGUUUCGUUUGGAGCAGAUUCGCAAAGAACAAGAAGAAGAACGUGAGGCCAUCCGGCUCUCCUUAGAACAAGCCCUGCCUCCAGAGCCAAAGGAAGAAAAUGCUGAGCCUGUGAGCAAACUGCGGAUCCGGACCCCCAGUGGCGAAUUCCUGGAACGGCGUUUUCUGGCCAGCAAUAAGCUCCAGAUUGUCUUUGAUUUUGUAGCUUCCAAGGGAUUUCCGUGGGAUGAGUUCAAGUUACUGAGCACCUUUCCUAGGAGAGACAUAACUCAGCUGGACCCAAAUAAAUCAUUAUUGGAGGUAAACUUAUUCCCUCAAGAAACCCUUUUCCUUGAAGCAAAAGAGUAAACACAGCCCAGCGGUGGAACCAGCCAUUCCUUGACAAGCCAGUGGCCUGCAUCAAGAGAAGGGCUCCUCGCCAAUCCACCUACACGCUCGUCUCACUCAAUUCAAUGUCACACUUCUGCCUCUUGCAAGAUUGCUGGAAAAAAAGUAAUAAUAAACAUACUACUUAAAAUUUCC